ACCGUGGUAACCACUUGAAAUCCAUCUCCACCUCCACCGAUUCACUUUAAAAUUUUGGCUAUUAUCACUCUAAUCUCCGAUUCAACUAGAAUUGAGCGCCUGGGGCAUUUCAAUACUCGGCUUCCGGUGCAUCAAUCGUCCACCUGUGACUAGCAUUUUUGAUUCCGAUCUCCAAGUUUAAUGGCUAUGGGGAUCCAUUUGAUUUCCGGCAAUUCAUUGUCUCUGACCUCGCUCCAGAUAUGGUCGCCCAGCUGCUGCCACUCUCCGACGACUUCAGCUCAGCUCCAGCAAUCUAGGUGAUUUUUGAGAUGCUUUUCCUUUGGUAAUGAUCUUCAUAAACUAGUUUUACAUGUUAGAUUUCUUCAUCUUUCUUUUACUUAAACUUGAAUUUCCUCUUGGCUUCUUUAAUUCGUUCAUCUUUUAGUUUGUCCGAAUUGA